CUUCUCCUGCUGCCUCCUCUCGCCGCCUCGUCCUGGCCCCGAGCCUGGGGGGCUGCUGCACCCAGCGCUCCGCUGUGGAAUGAAACUACAGAAAAAAAAUUGGGAGUCCUGGCAGAUGAAGACAACACAUUGCAAUGGAAUAGCAGCAGUAACACCAGUCACAGCGGAGUCACGCAGAAAGAGAUCACACUGCCUUCAAGACUGGUCUAUUACAUCAACCAAGACUCCGAAAGCCCUUACCAUGUUCUUGACACAAAGGCAAGGCACCAGCAAAAGCAUAACAAGGCUGUCCAUCUGGCCCAGGCAAGCUUCCAGAUUCAGGCCUUUGGCUCCAGGUUUAUUCUUGACCUCACACUGAACAAUGGCCUGCUGUCUUCUGAUUACGUGGAGAUUCAUUAUGAGAAUGGGAAACCACAGUACUCUAAGGGUGGAGAGCACUGUUACUACCAUGGGAGCAUCCGAGGCGUCAAGGACUCCCGGGCAGCUCUGUCGACCUGCAAUGGACUUCAUGGUAUGUUUGAAGAUAAUACCUUUGUGUAUAUGAUUGAACCACUGGAGCUGAUUCAUGAUGAGAAAAGCACAGGUCGACCACAUAUAAUCCAGAAAACCUUGGCGGGACAAUAUUCUAAGCAAAUGAAGAAUCUCAGUGUGGAAAGCAGUGAUCAGUGGCCCUUUCUAUCUGAAUUACAGUGGUUGAAAAGGAGAAGGAAGAGAGCAGUGAAUCCAUCUCGUGGUGUGUUUGAAGAAAUGAAAUAUUUGGAACUUAUGAUUGUUAAUGAUCACAAAACGUAUAAGAAGUAUCGCUCUUCUCAUGCACACACCAACAACUUUGCAAAGUCUGUGGUCAACCUCGUAGAUUCUAUUUACAAGGAGCAGCUCAAUACCAGGGUUGUCCUAGUGGCUGUGGAGACCUGGACUGAGAAGGAUCACAUCGACAUCACCACCAACCUUGUGCAGAUGCUCCACGAAUUCUCCAAAUACCGGCAGCGUAUCAAGCAGCACGCCGAUGCGGUACAUCUCAUCUCGCGCGUGACAUUCCACUAUAAGAGAAGCAGUCUGAGUUACUUUGGAGGUGUCUGUUCUCGCACAAGGGGAGUUGGUGUGAAUGAGUAUGGUCUUCCAAUGGCAGUGGCACAAGUAUUAUCGCAGAGCCUGGCUCAAAACCUUGGAAUCCAAUGGGAACCUUCUAGCAGAAAGCCAAAAUGUGACUGCACAGAAUCCUGGGGAGGCUGCAUAAUGGAGGAAACAGGGGUAUCCCAUUCCAGAAAAUUCUCAAAGUGCAGCAUUUUGGAAUAUAGAGACUUUUUACAGAGAGGGGGUGGAGCCUGCCUUUUCAACAGGCCAACAAAGCUGUUUGAGCCCACAGAAUGUGGAAAUGGAUACGUAGAAGCUGGGGAGGAAUGUGAUUGUGGUUUCCAUGUGGAAUGCUAUGGUUUGUGCUGUAAGAAGUGCUCUCUCUCCAAUGGGGCCCACUGCAGCGAUGGGCCCUGCUGCAACAAUACCUCAUGUCUGUUUCAGCCAAGAGGAUAUGAAUGUCGGGAUGCUGUGAAUGGGUGUGAUAUCACCGAGUACUGUACUGGGGACUCAGGCCAGUGCCCACCAAAUCUUCAUAAACAAGAUGGAUAUGCAUGCAAUCAAAAUCAGGGUCGCUGCUACAGUGGGGAGUGCAAGACCCGGGACAACCAAUGUCAGUACAUCUGGGGAACAAAGGCCUCGGGUUCCGACAAGUUCUGCUAUGAAAAGCUGAACACAGAAGGCACGGAGAAGGGAAACUGUGGGAAGGACGGAGACCGAUGGAUUCAGUGCAGCAAACAUGAUGUGUUCUGUGGAUUUUUACUCUGUACCAACCUUACCCGAGCUCCACGUAUUGGUCAACUUCAGGGAGAGAUCAUCCCAACUUCCUUUUAUCAUCAAGGCCGGGUGAUUGACUGCAGUGGUGCUCAUGUGGUUUUAGAUGAUGAUACAGAUGUGGGCUACGUGGAAGAUGGAACUCCAUGUGGCCCAUCCAUGAUGUGCUUAGAUCGGAAGUGCCUACAGAUUCAGGCCCUGAAUAUGAGCAGCUGCCCACUCGAUUCCAAGGGUAAAGUCUGCUCAGGCCAUGGGGUGUGUAGUAAUGAAGCCACCUGCAUCUGUGACUUCACCUGGGCGGGAACAGACUGCAGUAUCCGGGAUCCAGUUAGGAACCUUCAUCCCUCCAAGGAUGAAGGACCCAAGGGUCCUAGUGCCACCAAUCUCAUAAUAGGCUCCAUCGCUGGUGCCAUCCUGGUAGCAGCUAUUGUCCUUGGGGGCACAGGAUGGGGAUUUAAAAAUGUCAAGAAGAGGAGGUUCGAUCCUAGUCAGCAAGGCCCCAUCUGAAUCAGCUGUGGCGGAUGAACGGUGCCUCACACUGUUGGAUUCUGGAUGUGAUGCGCUUUCAGCAAUGUUGCCGGAACUGUUAAGUCUGUAAACAAGAACACUGGGUGGUCAUGACUGUAGAACUCAAGUUGGGGUGACCGGGAUGAGGUCAAAGAAAACUGUCCUUUUUGGAAAUCAUUUCAAAGAACUCCUCCCACCACCUGUCAAUAAAAGGGGGGGCGGGGGCAAAAGACAAUGUUCUAAAAAGAACUGUUUCAGAAUCUCUUUUUUUUUCUAAAGGAAGAAGGAACAACAACAAAAAUUAAGUGCAAUAAAUGAACCAUUAAAGAUAGCAAAUGAUUUUUUUUUUCUUCCUCAGCCUGCUGGCACUUAAUAUCUUCUAAAUGAUCUGGCAUGAUUUCUUUUCUCUUUUCCUACCAAUGACACACUUCAGUGGCAUGAAGAUCUAAUUUUCGAAAGGGUAAAAUCUGCAUGGCAUAUCUACAACAAGCAGCUAGCAAGCCAAUCCGCAGCCAAACCUGCAACUGAAUUCCUAAGGUGGAGAUGACAGGUGAACAUGAGGAAGCUGCCUGGCCCCGCCUCCUAGUCUAGACCAAGCCACCAACUCCCUGCGCUCCUUGAUUCAUUCUUUCAUUCAGUUUCUCUUGGACCAGGCAGCCAUGGGACAUGGGAGCUGGGACUUGAGAGUGGAUACUAUUGUAAAGUUCUUUUAUAAAUGUAAAUAUGGAAAUAAGAGAUCUUGACACAUCCUGUUCACUUGUCUGUAUUGAAAUAUUUUUCUUGUAAAGGUUCUCUGUGAAUUUGAGUUCAUUGUUUGCUCCCCAUCUUUUUGGUUCCUCUUCUCCAUUUCUUUGUCUCUGCCCUUUUCUCUUGUAACAUGUUGUACAGUGAUUGUUGGGCUUGCUUAAAAAAUAACAGAUGUGGCCACAGAUGCAAGGAGUUUGGGCACAAAACAGGUGCAAUUUAAGAAUGAAAUGUUUGAAUCAAACAAAAUGCUUUGAAACCAAAAAUCAAAGAUGAGGGGAACACACAACAACAAAAUAACCCACAUUAAAAACCCAAAAAUUAUGUAAAUGCAAAUACAUGUACUGGUAAGUCUCAAAUUUUUUUGUUGUCAUUAUAAACAUAUGUAUAUAAUGUAAGAAAGUAGACACCCUUUCAAAUUAAUCACUGAAGUGCCAAGCUCAUGAUGUUAGUGUUUGGUUUUGACAAUUUUUUCCCCCGUCUUCAAUGUGAAAGGAGGAUAAACUUAAAGCCUUAAAUUAAAAAAA